AUGAACAAACUGUAGAUGGCUUGAAGCCAGCCGCCAAACCAAAAGUGCCCUAAAGUGAGUUGAAGGCUCCUUCUUUGGUGCAGAGCUCCGAGUGAGAUGGGCAGCUCAGCCGACGCCGCCGUUGGUGGCCGUACUCCUCCGGUGGAUAAGGGCGUCGAUUAUGCGCAGUACUUUUGCACCUAUGCUUUUUUAUACCACCAGAAGGACAUGCUCUCCGAUCGGGUUCGCAUGGACGCUUACUUCAAUGCUAUUUUUCAGAACAAGCAUCACUUCAUUGACAAGACUGUUUUGGAUGUGGGAACUGGAAGCGGCAUUCUUGCGAUAUGGUCAGCACAGGCUGGAGCAAGGAAAGUAUACGCAGUGGAAGCAACUAAGAUGGCAGAACAUGCUCGUACUCUUAUCAAAGCAAAUAAUCUUCAACAUUUGGUUGAAGUAAUUGAGGGCUCAAUGGAAGAUAUAACUUUACCGGAGAAAGUUGACGUGAUAAUCUCUGAGUGGAUGGGAUAUUUUCUUCUGCGUGAAUCUAUGUUUGAUUCAGUAAUAUGUGCUCGUGACCGCUGGCUCAAACCAACAGGUGUGAUGUAUCCUAGUCAUGCUCGCAUAUGGAUUGCGCCUAUUAGAACUGGGUUAGUAGAUCACAAAAUGGGUGAUUACCAUUCAGCGAUGGAUGAUUGGCACAACUUUGUGGAUGAAACUACUACAUAUUAUGGUGUUGAUAUGAGUGUUCUUACAAAGCCUUUUGCUGAGGAGCAGAGAAAAUACUAUCUACAGACGUCAAUGUGGAACAACCUUCAACCACACCAAGUUAUAGGGACAGCUGCUGUAAUAAAGGAAAUUGACUGUUUAACUGCUACUGUGGCUGAUAUAAAGGAAGUUAGAUCAAAAUUUGAUUUGUCAAUAACCAUGGAAAACGCAAAGCUUUGUGGGUUUGGAGGGUGGUUUGAUGUUCAUUUUCGGGGAAGAAUUGAAGAUCCAGCUGAACAGGAAAUUGAGUUAACCACAGCUCCCAGUGUUGCUUACAGCACACACUGGGGCCAACAGGUUUUCCUAUUGCAUCCUACUGUUCAUGUCAGUGAAGGUGAUCAUUUAAGCAUUUCUUUCAUCAUGGAUCGCUCAAAGGAAAACCAUCGAUUGAUGGAAGUUGAGUUUGAGUGUGAUAUUCAACAGUAUUCUGGCAAGCUUCUUAAAUCUUUAAAAAAUAAGUACUACAUCGAAUGACAGUGACGAUUCCUUAUUCUGAGGACUCGGAGUGAUGCUAAGGAAUGAACAUAAGAUUUUGUCAACAGAUGGCUUAUCUCUCUGGGUUCAAGCGGGAUUUAAUCUGAUCGAGGAAAAAGAAGGAAGAGAGCUGUGGCCACAUUUUCAUUCCAACUUUCUGUGGAAGGCUGCGGCAUUUUUGCUGUAUAAAGAUAUUCGUGUUUUGACGUUGCUUGUUACGCGAAGUUAAAAGUGUGGUUGAUGAGACUUCUAUACUUUGAUGGCUUUUUUUAUUACAAGUUUAUCGUUUGGCAAUUAUAGAGGGAAAUUGAAAUGUUGCUGACGAUUUAUGCCCAAAUUGUAGCAUUAUGCUUGGAUUAACUAAUAGUUCUAAUGCACAGUGCUUCUGGCAUAUCGUUAUCCCUGUCUGUGGACAGGCCA